AUGGCACCCAGACCUCCUCCUCAACCCCAAACCACCGAACGUGAUGUGUCCGACAACACCAGGUUGUUGGAAUCAGUAAUAGAAAGGCUACAGCAGCAGAACGCUGUCUUGAUGCAGCAGAACGCGGCUGCUUUACAGAGUUUGGAAGCAGCUCGCGCCAACUCUGAAGCAACCCAGAGGCAAUUGAUGGAAAUCAUUACAACUACUAGGAACACAUCGGGAGCGUCCUCUUCCAACGCUCCCCACCAGGCAGAGUGGAGUUUAGAGAAUUUUCUGCAGCAUCAUCCGGCCAAGUUUGAUGGGAAGUGUCUACCGGAUGAGGCAGAUCAGUGGCUAAGGGACAUGGAGCGGAUCUACAACGCCAAGAGGUGUCCGAACGACAACAGGUUGGCGUUCACUGAGUAUCUGCUGACUGGAGAGGCCAGUCACUGGUGGACGAGCAUGAAGGCGAUAUUGACGGACGCUCAAAGUCCCAUCUCGUGGGAAGUAUUCAGGAGCAAGUUUUAUGAAGAAUACUUCCCAGAUAGCGUCCGUUUCGCCAAAGAAGUGGAGUUUCUGCAGUUGGUACAAGGUGGAAUGUCCGUCUCGGAGUACACCAACAAGUUCAAGCAUUUAGUACGAUUUAACACCAUGGCUACCAGUGAAGAGUGGCAGUGUCGAAAGUUUAAGAAUGGGCUGAGGAGUGAUCUGAAAGUGCUGAUAUCCAGCCUUUGUAUUAAGUCGUUUCCUACAAUGGUGGAGAGGGCCAAAAUAUUGGAAAAGAAUGUGGCUGAAGUGGAGCAGCAGAAGAAGCAGCAACAAACAACUAGGGGACCGAUUCUGUCCAGAACAAAUCUGAAUCGAGGUAGGACACCGUAUGCUCGUCCAGCACAGCCAUCAAAUUCUCAAUCUAUGGUUGUUGCCGGGCAGUCUGGACAGCAUGGGGCAGUCAGAUCUACGACGUUCGCGCACCCGGGUGAUNAGGAGUUGAAUAUGAGGCAGAGGAGGUGGCUUGAGUUCUUGAAGGACUACGAUUUUGAGUUACUCUACCAUCCAGGGAAAGCGAACGUAGUAGCGGACGCGUUGAACAGAAAGGUGGUGCAUGUCUCGUCCAUGAUGGUUCGAGAAUUAAGUUUGGUGGAGAGCUUUAGAGAUCUAAGGUUACAGUUCGACUUGGAACCGGGGCAGUAUUAA